AUGGGCCGCAGACCCGCUCGCUGUUACAGAUACUGUAAAAACAAGCCCUACCCAAAGUCCCGCUUUUGUAGGGGUGUCCCAGAUCCCAAAAUCAGGAUUUUUGACUUGGGUCGCAAGAAGGCCAAGGUGGAUGAGUUCCCACUAUGUGGUCACAUGGUCUCCGAUGAGUACGAGCAGCUGUCAUCUGAAGCUCUUGAAGCUGCUCGCAUCUGUGCCAAUAAGUACAUGGUAAAGAGCUGCGGCAAGGAUGGUUUCCACAUCCGAGUGCGUCUCCACCCAUUCCACGUCAUCCGCAUCAACAAAAUGUUAUCCUGCGCUGGGGCUGAUAGGCUCCAGACUGGAAUGCGUGGUGCUUUUGGGAAACCUCAGGGCACAGUGGCCAGAGUUCACAUUGGACAGGUCAUUAUGUCCAUCCGCACCAAGACCCAAAACAAGGAGCAUGUGAUUGAAGCUCUGCGCAGAGCCAAGUUUAAAUUCCCCGGCCGCCAGAAGAUUCACAUUUCCAAGAAGUGGGGAUUCACGAAGUUCAAUGCUGAGAACUUUGAGACCAUGGUGGCUGAGAAAAGUCUUGUUCCUGAUGGGUGUGGUGUCAAGUACAUGCCUAACAGAGGCCCUCUGGCUAAGUGGAAGUCACUGCAUGUUGAAUGA